AUGGAUUUCAUCAAGACCAGUUCCCUGCGUGCUCUGAUUGAGUUAACUUUCCAACGCAACUGGAACGGCCUAAUUUGGAUGAGUAGAAAAGGAGUUAUAACCAAAAGAGUGAAGACUGUCCAGACGGCUCUAUCGAGAAAGCGCCCAACCGCGCAGUCCGGCUGGCCGAGGAACGAUGUUCCGCGCUCGGCCAAACUCCAACCGUCGAAGUCCGGCCGAGCACACGUACGACCCGGGAAACAAGUCCCGCGGUCGGCCAAGCACAACCAUCCGCCACGCGCACGACCAUGCCGCGCGAGCCGGGAAGUAACGCCUCGCGGCCGCGCAACUUCUCGCGUACCACGGCCGAUGCAUCCGUCCGAGCCGGGAAAGCCGUCCCACGUCCGGCCGAGAAUUCAUCGGCCAAAUCUUCAUCCGCCGACCACAGCGGCCGACCACGAAUCCGUCCGGCCACGACCGUUCCGACUCGGCCACGACCAUGACCCGAUCCGGCCGAUCGUCCCGACCGACCGUCCCAACGCCGCGGUCGACCCGAAGCCCGUUUUGAAGCCGUUUCACUAUUUUCAAGCCCGGCUUAACCCUAAGCCGCCUCUGAAAGACCUAGCACUAUAUAUAUAUUUUUAG